UAAAAUUCUUAAGUCAAUGUGAUUUUAAGCAAAGUUGUUAAGAUUUUUCUUAACCCUUAUGCUUCACUAUCUGUUCUCCCUUUUUGUUAAACGAUAUCUCCCAAUGAGUUGUUCUUCCUUAACCCAUGGCAAAGCCAAUGGUGCUACAAUCUGCAAUGUCAAAUCUCUUCGAUACUUUUUCGUAGAAAAUGUUUAUAUAAUUUUGAAGGUGAUUUCACCAUUUUAUGUUAAGAAUAAUUUUAUUAAAAUUUAUCAAAUUGAUUUAUGACCUUAAGGGCUAUUUGUAAUAGAAUUUUGAGUAUUUUAGCAGUGGCUUGUUUUGAUAAGAACAGUAGGGCUCUUUUGGUUGUGAACAUGGUUCUUUUGAAUUUACCGAUCAGACAAUUCUUCGGUUAAAGGUUUUAUAGUGUAAUACCUGAUAUUUAUGUGACUAAAUUUGUUAAAAUAGUGUUUAGUAUCAAGGAUGUGUUAAUGUUAGUUGUGAAUUAGCCAAAAUAGGUAAGAGAACUUUACCAAAAAGAUUGAAAUAUUUCCUUUUAUUAAUCUAACUUAAUCAUAGUCUAAUAUCUAUUACGCGGUGAAGUAAUUGU